GAUCAAUCGAGUUUCUUAAAAUAUACUCAUCACUGAGUAUGGACUGCGCUUGCUACCCUGCAGGACCGAGGGUGCUCAGCCAUCCGUCAUCAUUGCAUAGCCACAGUCUUCCUUCUCUUGUAAAAUGCUCGUAUAAGUGUGGCUGAGGCCCAUAUUUCUCACAGCUGCCUGGCCUUACCCCUCAGGUUGACUCAGAUCAUCAACAAAACCGCUCGGUUUCCAAUAAUUGUUUGGCUAUUACUUGGAUGCUCAGGCAGAGUCCGAAUUGUCCCUCAAACAUGAAAACUCCGACAGUACAGUCUAGGAUCAAAGGAUCUAUCUUUGGCGUGGCAGUCGUUGAUGCCCUCGGUGGGCCGGUAGAGUUCCAGCCACGGGGAAGCUUCCCGCCAGUAACUCACUUCAUGCACAAUGAUACCUUUGAUGUUCCACCAGGCACAUGGACUGACGACACAUCCAUGACCCUAUGUCUUGCCCAGUCCCUCAUCGCCUCAAAAGGCAAUUUCAUCCCUCAGGCUGCAAUCCGCAACUAUAUCAAGUGGCACGAGAAUGGAUACUUAUCAGCUACUGAUGAAUGCUUCGAUAUUGGGUCCGGAACCAGACAAGCAUUGAUGAUCUGGAGACACUACUUUGACAGAUCGCCUCAUAUUCGCGAAGAUGACCCGAAUGGUCACGAGGGCGGACAGCCUGAAAUUGACAGAGCCUUGAAGCGCGAAGUGUUUUGUGGAAACGGGUCCCUUAUGCGCGUUGCACCCAUUGGGCUGGUGUAUUUGCGGGACAUGGACAGAGCAUUGUCCAACGCUGCCCUUUCCUCAAAUGCUACUCAUCCUUACCCCACAUGUGCCGAGUGCUGCCAGAUCUACACCAGACUUCUUGUGCGCGCUGUGAAUGGCGCUAGUAAGGAAGAUCUUGCAAAUGAGUUCGCUAGGAUAGAGUUUACAGAUGUUAAGGUGAAGCAACGGCUUGAUCGCUAUUCAAGUCUUGUCGAUUGGGAGAGCACGGAUGAAGAUGAUAUCAAAUCAUCGGGAUACGUUCUUUCCACGCUCGAGGCUGCUCUGUGGGCUUUCUUUACCUCAAGCACCUUUCAAAGCGGAGCUGUCAAGGUCGUAAACCUGGGCAAUGAUGCAGAUACUGUGGGGGCGGUAUAUGGAGGGCUCGCUGGAGCAUAUUAUGGGGUCGAAGAUAUACCAGCUGAGUGGAUUGCGGGCCUGCAAAAGAAAGAUGUUGUUGAAGAAAUCGCAUCCGGUCUGUGUUCCCUUAGUUAGUGCUGUUGCUUAUCCCCUUAUUUAAAUGCCAGUCCAAAGCUCGUGACAAAUAGAUAAGGCAGAAUCUACCCGCGGAUGCUAGUCGUUCAUAUGGAAGAAAAGCAGGAAUCGAUCUCUGACAAGAAGCGGAGAUCUCUUUUCGCCCACUGCAUUUACUCAAUGUGAAUCUCAACACUGCCGCAUCGUCGC